AGAGAGAGUAAAAAGAGGAAGAUCAGAAGAUCAGAAGAUUUUAUUGCAUGUUUGACACAUUACAGUAUAUUCAGAUCAUAGUGAGUUGGAAGAGACAAUGAGAACAUCACUGAUGGUCAUCAUCUACCUAAUGAUGGUUGGUGCAAAUUCAGAGACUGUGGACAGAAAUAAAGGAGAUCCUGUCAACAAUAAAUGUGCUAACGCGCCAGUGUGGCAGAAGCUUCGUGUUGGAGACUCCGUUACCAUCAACUGCACGUACACGAGAGAGGGAGAAAGUGCAAUUAAACAGUUCUGCAGAGAAGACAGAGACUCACAGUGCACAAAUGUGAUAUCAACGCACGUUUCAAAUUGCACACAAUUAGGCAGGUUCACAUUGACGGACUAUAAACAGAAAGGAGUCUACACUGUGGUGAUUACCGCACUGAACCAAGAAGACAAUGGAAUAUACUGGUGCGCUGUGGAAAAAACCCUUACUGGUAACACUCUCACGUGUCUGUCCAGGAUCCAUCUCCAUAUUAGAAACAGGGAUGAUGUUACACAACAAGUAAAGCAUCAAACUGGGAGUACUGCAUUGAUUACGUGUUCCUACCCACCUAACCACACGGACAACACAAAGUCCCUGUGCAAGGGGGAGAAUCCUUUUGAUUGUUUGGAGUUAAUAAACACAACACAUGUCAGUGGCAUGUCUGAAGGCAGGUUUCAUAUAAGGGACAACAAAAGAAAGAAUCACUUCAAUGUGCACAUCAAAAAUGUGAUGACAGCCGACGCUGGGACGUACUGGUGUAUCUCUGAUAGGAAAUGUCACAACAAUGGAUGCAAAGAAAUCCACCUUUCUAUGGAGGAAAACCAAGCCAAAAACAAAAGGUGGACAACUCAGUGGACAACUCAGUGGACAACAGCAGCAACCAGCCUCCAUGUUGACCGGUCAUCACACUCUGGCAUGACUUGGGUUCUGAUACUGUGUCUGGCAGUUGUAAUAGUAAUUGUAGUCGUUGUGAUUGUGCUGCUCAUGUACAGACACAAUUGCCUCAGGACACAAGGCAAGGGGGAAUCAUCAAAUGUUGGCAUAAACACAGAGGAAAAUCAUGGAGAUCCCACUUAUGAGGAGAUACAAGAGGUAAACCAGCAGGGGUCAGGAUCAGGAGGUGCGCUGUUGUCUGUUUAUGCCUGCGCCGGCAGCCCUCCUGCAGACCAGCUCCACUACGCCAGCAUCAGUUUCCAGGAGGUUUCUGUCACUGUCUCCACAGACAGAAAUGCACAUUCUGAUAAAAAUGGCUCGCUGGUGUGUGUUUACUCCUCUGUCAAUACUGAACCUUAACCGUAUUCAGUCUUUUAAUGUAUAGUUACGCAUGUUCAUCAGCUUAAAUUUGUCUGGCACAAUGUGGAGUGUAUUAUUUGUAGAUGUGCUCUGAAUAUAGGGUGUAGUCUGUAGUUUGAUUCAAAAAUAUACAAACAAAUAUGCAAAAAAGUAUAACUAUAUAUAUAUAUAUAUAUACAUGUAUCUUGUACUCUACUUUCCACUGUUAAAAAAAAGGAAGUUAUACUUUCACUUCAGCAGCUGGUGCAGAACAGAGAUGCAUGCUGUGGAUAUUAUAAAUGAAAAUGAAUACAACUAAAUUUCAAUUCUCUAGUGUUCCUGCAAAACAUAGUACUCACUUGUGAAUACUUGUUGGAAAUAAAGUUCCUAAUGGUUCAUUAAUUUGUUAUUCACUAGCCUCUCGGUGAAGACAUCCAGUUCAACUUAAAAUGAUGAAAAUGCAGGUUCAGUUUUCUGGUUCAAAUAUUCUUAGAUGGUUCAUUGAAUGCUGAGUUAAAGCUCAUGAUGCAGCUACGUUCUGUGCAUUUGUUAUUGCUUUACAGUAUGUCCAAGGUUAUUUUUUGUAAAUGUCGUGCUUUGCUUUGCAGCAACCUCUUGUGGCAGAAUCAGUGAAGUGACACUGAAAAUCCACACAGCUUGGACUUUCUGUGAAUUUUAUAACUUCUAUUCAACAAAAAAGGAAUUCUACAUGAAAAUGUAAUACUUUGUAAUGAGCCGACCACAGAUACAGAAACAAAACCAAAACCAGAUUCUCUCUAAUUUCAGUCAAAUCAGCUUCUGUGCAAACACCAGGUGUAAAGCAGUUGGAUACAAGAUAAACCUGAUCAAAGGGACCAUCAUUUUCCUCAUCAGAUAACACACUUCAACACUGACUGCACAGAAUCAAUCUGUACCCUAAUAUUAGGGCCCGAGUCACGAAUGGCAGGGACCGAAACGACUCCUGGCACGAAUUUGUGCGAGCAACCUGUUGUUAUCCUUCAGAUUAGAAUUUUUUCCCGCUCAUUUUUGAGGGCAUUAACUUGUAUAGAAACUCUUGAAACUUGGCAUGGAGGUCAGGUCUGGCGAAAAUGCGAUAUUGGCAUAUAGUUCCCAGACCAGUGUGUUGCUCAAGGGCUCUAUAGCGCCCCCCUAAGGUGAAAACAGAGGCAAAAUUGAGUUCCACCGAAUUUCCCGAAACUUGGUGGGAAGAUGUUAUAGACCAAGACGAAUAAAAAAGUCGAUCAUAACCAUGGCGUCAACUCAACAGGAUGUCGGCCAUUUAGAAUUUUGCCGUCCAUUUUGGCGAUCUGCCCGCUACGUAAAUGAGCGAGACACAUCAAAGAAGUAAAGUUGUCGAGAGUUUUUGCGGAUUCAAAAGUGAGGUCUGGGAACUGCUGCCCUCCCCGA